UAGUGUUAGCUGCAGUUUCAGCCCAUAUUCAGUCUUUUGUAGGCAUACAGUCUUAGAGUAAAGAAUGACUCCUUGGACUAAUUGCUAAUUUAACUUUUUAUUUACUCAAUUGAAAAUGAAUAAGGUUACAGCUAUGCAAAGAAAGAAGAGAAAAGAUUUUAUACCUUACUUUCUAGGAUUGGUAAUAUUUUUAUAUUGCACUGUCCAUCUUGUAUCAUUUACAGCACAAACUGCUCAGGAAACCCACUCUACCAGGGUGCGUCGGGCUCUUGAGAAUGAAACAGAAUGCAUCUCACCACAGUCCUCUGAGUUUCCUGAGGGCUUUUUCACGGUGCAGGAGAGGAAGGAUGGAGGGCUAGUCAUAUAUUUCAUGAUUAUUUUCUACAUGUUUCUGGCUGUAGCAAUAAUCUGCGACGAUUACUUCCUGCCUUCCUUAGAAGUGAUCAGUGAACGUCUGGGACUGUCUCAGGAUGUAGCAGGAGCCACCUUUAUGGCAGCUGGAAGUUCUGCACCUGAACUGGUCACAGCAUUUCUGGGUGUGUUUGUGACAAAGGGAGACAUCGGGGUCAGCACCAUCGUUGGAUCAGCGGUCUACAACCUGCUAGGAAUUUGCGCAGCAUGUGGACUCUUGGCCUCUAUGGCCGGACGCCUCACCUGUUGGCCACUGUUCAGAGACUGCCUGGCAUAUGGCAUCAGUGUUUCUGCUGUUAUUGCCAUCAUUUCUGAUAACAAAGUGUACUGGUAUGACGCUGCCUGCCUGCUGCUGGUCUAUGGUGUCUACAUCGUGGUUCUGUGCUUUGACCUGCGCAUCAGUGAGUUUGUCCUGAGGAAGCUGAGCCCCUGCUGCACCUGUCUUGGCCAUGGAUCAUCUGAGAAGACUGAGACACAGACUCUGCUGGGCUGGAGCAAAGACACCUCUCUGCGUGUCCACAGUCGCUCCAGAACUGACAGUGGGAUCUUCCAUGACGACUCAGGAUACUCUCACUUGUCCCUCAGUCUGCAUGGCCUUAAUGAGAUUCCAGAAGCAGAGCAUAAAAGCGUGUUUGCUGUGCCGGAGAGCGACCUAAAACGGAUUUUCUGGGUUUUGUCUCUGCCCAUCAUCACUUUGCUCUUCCUGACCAUCCCUGACUGCAGGAGGAGGUUCUGGAAGGGAUGGUUCAUGAUAACCUUCCUCAUGUCAGCUGUCUGGAUCUCAGGUUUCACAUACGUUCUGGUCUGGAUGGUCACUGUUGUCGGGGAGACCCUUGGCAUUCCUGAUACAGUUAUGGGCCUCACACUGCUUGCUGCUGGCACCAGUAUACCGGACACCAUAGCCAGUGUGAUGGUAGCCAGAGAAGGGAAAGCUGACAUGGCCAUGUCCAACAUUGUGGGCUCUAAUGUUUUUGACAUGUUGUGCCUUGGCCUGCCCUGGUUCAUCAAGACUGCCUUUGUGGAUACCAACAACCCUGUAGAGGUCAACAGCAGCGGACUGAUCUUCAUUUCCUUCACGCUGCUAUUUUCCAUCGUCUUCCUCUUUAUAGCCGUUCACAUUAACGGAUGGAAGCUGGACUGGAAGUUGGGAAUUAUUUGUCUUUUCUGCUAUGUCCUGUUUGCCACUCUUGCCAUCCUGUACGAGCUGGGGAUUAUUGGGAAUAAUCCCAUAAAACUGUGUGGUGACUGAGACCUAUCCAAAGACUGAACCAUAUUUUAUUACAGACUCAAACAUUCCAGAAACAAAACAAAUUUGAAGCAAAUGAAGAAUGGUCACAUACUUUCAAAGAUAUUGUGCCAUUGUCUAUGUGUGCUGGUCACAUCUCAAGAAGAGGAUGAUCCCCAGUAAUAAUAUAAUGUAUUUUUCACUAAAGGUGGAUAUGUGCCAAAGAUCAUCUCUUGUGUGAGCCUGUCCGAUCCAGACCUGCCUUAACAAGGACCUGUUAUCACAUUCUGUGAUGUCUUGUCUUACUCAAGGCCCAUACACAGUAAAGAGGCUGCAUAGGAGUUCAAAUGAAUCCACGACUGACCAGUCAAGAAAUAGAAGUAUUAACUAAAGUCAUUAAGCUUUGUCCUUCUUUUUAAGUGGAUGAGUUAAACAAAGAUGCAACAUCUACACAACUCUGAUAAGCUUUCACGAGCAAGCCCUUAUCAACAAACCUUCCACUUGCCUUAGAUUACCGUAAAUGUAGAACUAGAAUUACCUACAUUUUUUAUCAGUUGUGUUUACAACUGCCUACAAAGCACAGAUGGACUUUAGACACAAAUCUAAACUGUGUAACAAAUGCAAUGUGUCAAAAGUGAUUAUUCGACUUAGCAAAAACUGCCCUUAUCAUGGAGAUCUGGGUAUUUGAAUAGCGUCCUGUGAUUAGUUUGGGUAUUCACGCCUGAUAAAAGUCCAUGUCCACUCUGUACUCACUUUAUUCCAGUAGCUGCCUUUGCGAUUAAUGUUGAAUUUCCCCACUGCAUGGCAGUGUUGAGCAAUAAUGAUGAGCAGAUCAGCACUUCAGGUUCAUUUUACAGCUGGAAAGAACUUAAGAGACUUUGAUCUCAGGAGAUUUUACAACCACCAGGUUUAAAAAUUAAAAAGUUUAUUUGUUCAAGUAACUGCCUGAAAUUAAAAAGGGUUUACAAAACAAAUACAAGAGCUAUGUAGUAUAAACAAAAAAAAGUGGACACAUGGAGAUAUGAAGUAAUUGUGUUUUUAAAACAAAACAAAAAGAUCAUUGGCAAGGGGGCUGAAUGUGGAAGUGUGUUAGCGGACUUCUACAAAAGCUUUAUGCGUUGCGGUCGAUACGGACGUCCACCUCUCGGCCGUUGAUCUUGGUUCCAUUCAUCAACCUGCAGGCCUUCUCGGCACUCUCUGGAGAGUCGAACCUCACCGUUCCACAGCCUUUUGACUUUCCAUUCUCCAUUUUGAUCUCUGCGAACAUUACCUGGCCUGCAGUAAAAAUAAAAGUCAUGAUGAAAUCCAUGUUUGACAAAGUGUUGAUGAAUGUUUAUCCUGUGAUUUAGCAUUCAUAAUGAAAUGUUAAAAAAAAGAAAGAAAAGAGUCUUUGAGUAUCAAGUAAAUAAAGCAAUAGAGACUGUAUUCCUACUAAGCAAAAAUACCUACCGCAGUGACUAAACUUCUCCUUCAGCUUUUGCCAUGUCAGAUCAUAGGAAAGCUGCAACACACAAAUAAAACAAAACACUUUAGUUAUUAAAUAACACAUGUCAGUCUUGGUGAAUCAUUCAAAACCUGUGAAGGGCAGCACCAUCAAUUCAUCAACACACUAAUCAUGAACAACUCUUACAGCAUGAUUAGCAUUUAUAUUAAUGCCCGGCAAGCAUGGGCUGUUUGCCAUCAAAGCAUUAGCCAUUACUGGGGCGUCACUGCAUACAGAAAAUGUUUUAUGUAUAUCAAUGACAUUGUCAUUAAAUAAGGGGGGAGGUUUGGAGAGCUCUGUAACUCCAAUCCUUAAACGGACUAGCAUCGUUCUGUAUAAUCUGACCCGCACUUACAUUCCGAGCAAAGAUCUGACAGCCUCCUUUAGACCCAGAUCCCCUGUCAGACAUUCCUCCACCCAUGUGGCCCGGUCCCCCACCUCCAUAGCCGCCAAAGGCACGAUUCAUGUCCAUUCCUGACAUGCCCAUGCGGUCAAAGCCGGAACCCAUCCGGUCCAUCGACAUGUUUCCCAUCCCACCACCUGAAAUGAUCAAACACACACAGAGGCACACAUGCUCAGAAAUGAAGGGAGCAACUUACAUUCAUGUACUGUAUAUGUUCAUACCUGCAUAACUAAACUGCUGUACACUAAUCAUGAUGCCCUUCAUCUACCUCACGUUAGGCUUUCCAUUCCUUUAAUCCAAUGACAUUUCACUGAAGUGUGUAGUAACAAUGCAAAGGGAAUUGGCAUUGUAUCACUUGAAAACAUAAGUUAGAGUCCAAUAUCACAGUGACACUGUUUGUACAGGAACAUCAGACCUUGGACUCAUACCUAAUCCUAAUAACCAGACAACUCCACAAAAAAAGGGUCUCAAGAGAAAUUAUUAAAAUGAUCUUGUGAAUGCACAAUAAAAAGUUUCUCUAACAUGUUA